UGACGUAGUUAGGGGGCAUUGUUUGAAGAGCAGGGGGGAGCGUGCCACAGUUGUCUAGAUUUAAACUCGCCGAGAAUUUUCUUUAGCCAUAAUUCAAUUCUAAUUACUAGCAACACUUGGAUUUGUUUAUCAAAUAAUUAUAUAUAGCGGCCAUGUAUUAGCAACAUAGACACGUACGAGUUUGUGUUGUAACAAAGCUGAAGUUGGACAGCUAACGUUAGCUAGCGCUACUUCCUCCAUCAGACUAGAAAUGAGUGUUAAUGUUACCUAUAAUUUAUAAUUGAGCCAACAUCAGUCUUUUUCGUUAUGUAAGUAGUUAGUUAGUUCAAGUAAAGCACAAGUUUUGCGUAAACUCACCAUUGUGAGAAUAUUCAGGCUAACGUUACUGCUGUAGCUAGUUAGCACCAGAUAAGGAAAGAGAUUGUCAGGCGGUUAAACAUUUUUGACGUUCAUAUUUUUUUAUUCACCAUAAACUGGUGUUUUAGAUUAAUACUUAGCACAGUAAGCAUAUCGUUUAAUGUAGUUGGCUAGCUUUAUGUAGUGUUUUUUUCACGUGUAACUAAGAUUGUUCUAGCAGGAAGUACAGUAACCUUAAGAGAAUAGCUUGGUAGAAAAUGGAGUAAAGCAGCUAUAGUAGUCCAUCCAUUGAAAGCAAAAGUAACGUUAGCUUGUUAUCCUUUUGGAGGCUAGCUUUAUAAAUCGGGAACCCCACAUCUCCUUUGUUUCAGGUUGUGGCAAAAAAAAAAAAAAAACGUUUCUCAAAUAACUUUGUAUAGACCGCUAGCAAGUUAUGACAAUCCCUUUAUGUUGAAAACUAACGUUAGCUGGCUAGUUUGCUGCUAGCUUCCGACCGAAUGCUGCUACCGAUUGCAUAGCUUUCUAGACAGCUUGCUAGCGUGUCACUUUCCCAAUUGCUUCCUAAAGAUGUCGAACGCCAUAAACGAAGGUCUGUUCUUGAUAAAAGACGUGAAGCCUGGAUCGAAAAAUUUAAAUAUCGUAUUCAUUGUUUUGGAAAUAGGACGGGUAACCAAGACGAAGGAUGGCCAUGAGGUGCGUUCCUGCAAGGUAGCGGACAAGAGCGGAAGCAUCGCCAUCUCUGUCUGGGAUGAGCUGGGCAGCCUCAUUCAGCCUGGGGACAUUAUCCGGCUGACCAGAGGCUACGCCUCCAUGUGGAAGGGCUGCCUGACCCUGUACACUGGAAGAGGUGGAGACCUGCAGAAGAUCGGAGAGUUUUGCAUGGUGUAUUCCGAAGUGCCUAACUUCAGUGAGCCCAACCCAGAUCUGCUAGCCCAGAACAACCAGCAGAACAAGACUGGCAAAUCGGAUCAGAGGGGGAAUUCUCCGCCUAAUCAGAAUUCAGGUACACCUGCUCAGUCAGGUAACGGUGCCAUGAUACCAUUUGUCAACAACAACAGUUCUCCCUCCACUCCUCGUGACCCUGUCUUUGGGGGUGUGGGGCGGACUAACGGCCGUUCCCCUGGCAGCGCAGCUCCUCCAAUGUCCGCUGUGGGACCUCCCAGUGCCCCCAAGCCUUCGGUCACUAUUAGCAAUGGCAGGGACCCCCGGCGUGCGAAGAGAUGAAGCUGGCAUGAGGGACAUCUUUCCCCCGGCCUCUUAACCUCCCCCCACCCCCUCACUCUCCCCUUUCCAUCUACCUUUUGAACAAGCCAAACCUGGCAUUCACAACAAUAUCACUGAAAAAGACUAGUUUCUGAUCUGCAGCUUAUACUGGUUAACCUAGGCCGUUGUCUUUCUCUAGUUGAGCUAAUGUUUGUUGGUUAUGCUGUCAAUUGCAUAAAGCACCUCACUGAAUAAUUGUGACCUAAACAUGAACCCAGUAGCAGGACUUGCAAAGCUCUGGACAUAAAGUAAGUUUACCCCCUUCCACCACCAUAAUUGCCAAUUUUGUGCCAAUGUUAUUGACAACCCUCCCUGUGCCUCCCUCUCGCCCAUCUUGUUGGCUGAAACUAUACACCCUACUUGACCACUAGAUGCACUUUCUUCUCUGUAAGUCAAAGUGAAUGCAUCACUAAUUUGAUUAAGGAACAGAUUACUGCGGAUGGGGAAAGCCUUACGUAGGCGAAACAACUUUUUGGACAGAAUUAACUAACAAAACCCCCCCUUGGAAGGAUCACAACUCCCUUCUCAACCAAAACAUAUCAAAAGUGACUGAAAAGAAAGGUGAUAGUUUGAUUUUUAACGGUAGGUUGAUUAGAUUUAGUUGAGAAUGGCUACAGGUUUCAUGAGGACUAGUUUAUUUGCUGUCCAGUUAUGAACAAUACAUUUGUUAGGUGGGAACACUUAAGAGGUGUAUAUUAUAAAUAUAUUUUACUGACAUUUUGAUUUCUGUUUCAUCUCUGAGAUAGAUGGUGAAGUAGCUAAUGAGUGCAAUAAAUAAUAUUGUCACAUUUAA